AUGGGCAGUGGCAGUGUCAGUUAUAGGAAUCUGAAGAACGUCAUCGUAGCAUUCUUGGUCCCUCUACCCUCCAUCCUAUUCUACCUCUCAUUCCUGUCAGCCAUUCAUGGCGACCCAUCUUCGUGGUCAAGGUCAACUCUUUGGACAUGGUGCUAUCACCAUCCUCUGCUAUUAGCCAAUGUCCUUUUCUUCUUCAACGUCAAUUUGCUCUUCUGGGUCAUCGCCCUAAUCCAGUCCUGCCACUGGAUGAUUGACCCCUAUUGGACAGUGAUACCUGUGAUGCUAGUUCAUUACUAUUCAAGUCACCCUUUGGCUCAGUAUGAGUGGUGGAGGUCGAGGAUAGUGAUAUUGUUGACUUGGGUGUGGAGUAUUAGGCUCCUUCACAACUACUUGAGGCGAGAAAAGUGGCAGUGGGGUGCGAGGGAGGAUUGGCGUUCCACUCAUAUGAGCCAACAGUAUGGAAGCCAUUGGUGGUGGGCUUCCUUCUUCGCCAUCUACCUCCCUCACCAAUUGUUACUUAUUGGGUUAUCACUUCCAUUCUAUGUUAUCCACACCGUGGAUCGACGUCUUAGUAUCUUGGACUUGGUAGCUAUAGUUGUGUGUGUAUCUGGCAUUGUCAUAGCAUACAUUGCUGACACACAGCUUUAUAAUUUUGUGAGUAGAAACGAGGAACUAAAAGGGCUGGGUAAACCCGUGGUUCUAAUCCUUGACAAAGGGUUGUGGUAUUAUUGUCGGCAUCCUAAUUACUUUGGUGAGCUAUUGUGGUGGUGGGGACUAGUUGUGUUUGCUUGGAACCUGGGACAUGGAUGGAGCUUCGUAGGAGCAUUGGCUAAUACCAUGUGUUUGGCUUAUGUGAGUAAGCUUGUGGAGGAGCGAAUGUUGAAACAGGAUUGCAGAGCAGAGGCAUUUAGGCUGUAUCAGAAGACAACUUCUGUGUUGGUACCUUGGUUCAAGUCCUCUCCUUUAGAACUCAAAUCUAAGGAUGCUUGAUGCUGUAGCGUGUCCCUCGUUAGUUCAUUGUACCACUACCUUUUCAUUUUGCCUACUUUCUUCAUUA